CUUCAUCUUUCUCUUCAAUGAUGAAAUGUGAAGAAUAUAUAUCAUUAUAUUACCCCUGACCCUUAUCAUUGAUCUCAACUAUCCUGUUUCAUCUUCCAAAAAAGAAAAAGCUUUAACAUUUCAAUGGCUUCUCUUACUAACUCAAUUCUUACAUUCCAAACAAGUACACCCCAUCAGCAUGAAGGUACUAGUUUUAGACCCGAUUCAUUGCUUUUUUCUACUUUUUUUCCUAGCCAAAAGUUUCCAAAUAUAGUAAAAUUGUCAACAAGAACACCAGCCUCCUUGUCGUCUAAAAGUAGCCGAUCUCUUACAUCUAUCAUCAAUGAGCUCGAAAAGGAAAGGGACAAUAAUAUAGUGGAUGAAUUAGAAGAAGGUGAAAGUACAAGUACUACGAUAAUAAAGAUUCAAGAACCAGAAGUAGCAGAUCAUUGGCUAGAAAUUCUUGGCAAAGAUGAUUGGGUAGGCAUGCUUGAUCCACUAGAUCCACUUUUACGAAAUGAGUUAAUUCGAUAUGGAGAAAUGGCUCAAGCUUGUUAUGAUGCUUUUGAUUUCGAUCCAUAUUCUAAGUACUGUGGGAGCUGCAAAUUUCCACGGCACAAAUUCUUUGAUGGUCUAGACAUGGCCGACUAUGGCUACGAUAUCACACGUUACCUAUAUGCAACUUCAAAUAUUAACUUGCCAAAUUUCUUCAAACAAUCGCGUUGGCCUAAGGUAUGGAGUAAAAACGCAAAUUGGAUUGGUUAUGUUGCUGUUUCAAAUGACGAAACCUCGAAACGCUUGGGCCGCCGUGACGUAACGAUUUCAUGGAGAGGGACUGUGACUCGUUUGGAGUGGAUUGCUGAUUUAAUGGACUUUCUCCGUCCGAUUUCUUCAGACAAAAUACCUUGCCCUGAUCCUAAUGUCAAGGUCGAAUCUGGGUUUCUUGAUCUCUACACUGACAAAGACGAGAAUUGCAGGUACUGCAAGUUCUCAGCAAGAGAACAGAUACUAACGGAGGUGAAAAGAUUAGUAGAAAAGUACCCAAAUGAGGAAAUGAGCAUAACAGUGACUGGACACAGUUUAGGCAGUGCUUUGGCAAUAUUGAGUGCGUAUGAUAUUGUGGAAACGGGAGUAAAUGUAAGGGCAAAUACUAGGGCUGUGCCUAUUGGUGUAUUUUCCUUUGCAGGGCCAAGAGUAGGAAAUACAAGGUUUAAAGAAAGACUUGAAAUGUUGGGUGUCAAAGUUCUGAGAGUUGUGAAUGUUCAUGAUAUUGUUCCAAAGUCCCCUGGGUUAGUGUUUAAUGAGCAUUCUCCGUCUAUGGUUAUGAAGAUCUGUGAAGGGUUGCCAUGGAGUUAUUCGCAUGUUGGAGUAGAAUUGGCUUUAGAUCACAAGAAUUCGCCUUUCUUGAAACCAACUAAUGAUCUUGUUUGUGCUCAUAAUUUGGAGGCUCAUUUACACUUGCUUGACGGGUUAGUCUUUCUUCUUUUUUUUUUU